AUGGCGUUCUCCCACCGCCGCGCCAGGGUGGAGGCUGCUGGCCAGGACAGCCCACAGGCGUGCAGCAGCAGCAGCAGGGUGGAUUUCCUCCUUCACAGCUAUACGGAGGGCCGGGGCAACAGGGGGGGAUCGGGGGUCCGCAACAGCAGUACGGAGGAGGAGGAGGAGGAGGACACCGACGAGGAGAAGUACCGGGACAGCACAUAG